AUGUCAGUCGCAACAGUUUCGGACACUUACUGGCAAACAGUCAAAGGUACCAUAAGAGAAAGAUGUGAGUUUAUUUUCAAUCAAGAACUCCUGAGCGAUGUGAAAUUCGUGGUCCUUGACUCCCAAGGCGGAAGCAAGAGGAUUCUAGCUCACAAGUUUGUUUUAGCGAUCAGUAGCCCAGUGUUUUCUGCCAUGUUUUUCGGUGAAAUGGCGGAGACGACAAAAGAUUCAGUGGACAUAUCUGACUGCGAGUAUGAAAGCCUACUGGAGUUGUUUCGCUUUAUCUACAGCGACGAAGUAAAGCUUAACGUUGAUAAUGUCAUGCAGUUGUUGUAUUUAUCAAAGAAAUACAUGGUGACUACUUUGGCCGAAAAGUGCUCUGGUUUCCUUCAAGAGGACUUGAACGCAUUAAACGUGUUUUACGUUUUGCAGGAUGCACAGAAAUACGAAGAAAAAGAUUUAGUGAAUCACUGUUGGAAAGUGAUCGAGACACAAACAUUAGAAGCUGUAAAAUCAGAGGGGUUCGUCACAGUUGAGAGAACAGUUUUGGAGGAAUUAGUGGAGAAAAAUUCACCAAAUAUCAAAGAAGUUGAAUUAUUCAAGGCUGUUGAUUGCUGGGCUGAAAAAGAAUGUGAAAUGCAAGGCCUCGUUUGUCAAGGCUUCUUAAAACGAAGAGCCCUGGGAGAACGGAUUGUUAAGGGAAUUCGCUUUCCCGCGAUGGUGGAAAGAGAAUUCGCUGAUAUUGUUCUUGAUUCGGAAUUACUUACAUUCAGUGAGACAAAUCAUAUAUGAUUAAGUAUUAUAACUCUGUGCUGGAUAAUCUAGUGGGAUAAGAACUAGACGUACAAACGUUAUUUCUAACUCUGCAUCACUAAGUAGCAAGUGGUUUUUAUUUUACGAUCCCUCUUAUUCAGAUUGUUUAUUUUCUAACGAUGCCAGAACCGCACAGCAACCUACAAUUCGCGCAUUUUGGAAGCGAUUAUAGUGAAUAUGCAUGGGUGACUAUUACUGUUCAGUGAAGAAGCGUCUUUGUUUCAAACACGCCCGCGAAUGUAUUUUUUUAUCUUAGCAGGUAGGGAGUGAAUUAGGAAUUUACCAUGGCUUUGCCAUUGCGAUUAGUGUACCAAUAUCCUUAAUGGCAAAAACACGAUAGAAGAUUCAGUCUGUAACAGAUGUUCCUUAACGCAGUUGUUAUUGUGAGUUCUGACAGACAUACGCACCCAUGUUUUGUGGUCUCAUUAUUACGAUAUUGAUGAAGGCGCUUUGUAUUGACUUUUGUUGAUCAUCUUACCGUGGACCUGGAUGACCAGCCUAACCACAAAGACAAUCAGAAUAGCUAGCUUCAUUCUCAAAACCUUUUAACAGAGAAGGAGUGCACCAAUUCAAAAAGCGCGUUGUGUCGUCAGCAUUGACAAAAUACUGUUAACUUUGGGUUGGCUAAGAGGUUUAUAAAAUCAAUUGGCUAAAUUUGUUUUCAAUUUUUGUGUGUUUUUCUUUAUGAAAAAGACAAAAACCAAAUAAAAGCUGAGAAUAGAAAGAUUUUCUCGAUCUUCCUCCUCCCUUUUUGUCAAAUUCCGAAAUGCUCGAUAAAAAAUGUAUUCUAUUUAGGAUGCGAAGGAAAAAAUCGAGAUAUCAUAUGCUAUCAUUAAAACCUGUUUCUUAUCAGUUUGUAUUUUUAUCGCGGGGGAGUACUCCCCUAUGAAAGUGACGCGGGUGCUCGUUGGGAAAAUUCGAGAACACCCUUAAAAGGUACCAGAAUCUUUCUUUAUGGGCGUGUCCCAAAAUUCAUUUCCACACCUAAGAGGUACCAAUUCAACAACAACAAAUUAACUGGACAUCUUAUUUCAAAUAAAAAGAAUUCAAGAAAUUAAAUUGGCAUACCGUAACAAAUACAUCAGUUUCAGAUCGAUAACCCUCGGCGAUAACCUUACCUUAAAAUGUAUCGAGACAAUUCUGGCAGCGGUCAUUUUCGGUUUUAGCACCAUAAGCGUUACCAAUCCAGAAAUUUAAACCCCUAAAAGGUACGACGAGCACCCCCAUCACUUUUAUAGUGUAGUACCCCCCGGAAUUUUUAUAAAGUCCUUCUGAAGGUGGAACACACCUAAUAUUUACUUUUGUCUAUCAAUUGUCAUGAUAAAGCAUUCCAGCUGUGCAGAUGUGGGAAAAGUCUAGAGCCCUUUCGCUUUUUUCAGUAGCAGUGCUAACAAUCUUUUCAGCAGCAGCUGUGUUGGAACAUAGGCUAGCAGCUCAGACUGGUAUUAGCUAGUAAUCUUUAUUUCUAAUGGAUAUAAGAGUCACUUGGUAGUAGGCUAGAUGAAGCUCAGUCAGAAUUAAUAAAUCCUGCACGGAUUUGUAACACUUACAAAAGGUGAAAAGUAAAAAACUAUGCCAGUAGAUGAAAGCACGUCAACUUGCCUCUUAAAAUUACCACAUAGUAUACUCAUAGUAUAAUAGAAAAAAGGAGAAGAAAGAGAAAAAAGUAAAAGGUAUUAAUAUUUCAUCGCACCUUUUUAACCGCGGCAGGGUUAGCUCAGUCAGUAGAGCGCUUGACAGCAGAGCAGGAGGUCACGGAUUCGACAUCCCGGGGCCGGAGCAAUACUCAUGGUCUUAAAAUAACCGAGAAAUGAAGGUACUUCCUUUCCCCUGCAAACGGGUAGGCCUUCGUGUGGCUCGGAUGUUUAUGUAAAAUGGCGGUCUCGUCUCCACAAGGAGACGUACAAAUAGUGUCCCCAAUUAGUACUUUCCUGCUAAAUACAUUGACACUCAAAUAAAGUGCAAUUUUCUUCUCACCACUUAGGGCCCACUUAGCAUGAAAAAUAUGGUGUAAGUGAAAUGUUCCCAUUUGACCCAUUACCUUGAAGGACACCUACGUUGCAUCAAACAGAAACAGAGGAGAGCUUUACAUUUUACAAAAAGACGAUAAAAUAUCAAGCAGCCGUGCUCACGAUCCAGCUCAAUGGUUUGCAAAAAGCAGAGAAUAUAUGCACAGUGUGAAAAGGCGAAAGCCUUGUUUGUUGUCUUCAGCUCGGAUUUUGAAAACAGGCCAUUGUCCAGGGCCCCCCCCGUGUCUCGAAAGUCCCGUUGUCACAGUGAUAUGGGCAUCCCCGAUUUUUGAGCAUUCCCAUUCCCGAAACCCUACUGAUAUGGACAUCCCCUGUAACCGUAACCGUAACCGUAACCCAAAUCGCAAAGGUAAUAUGAGCUGGGAAUACCCAUAUCACUAGGGUUUUGGGGAUGGGGAUGCCCAUAUCACUGUAACACCACGGUAACUUUUCUUGCCCGUAAUCAAAUAUUCAAAUUAAAAUCUUAAGAAUAAUAACGCACGUCCAAGUUAAAAAUCCUGUACAGUCUGUUUUGUUAAUUCAUAGUUUUAUUAUGUCAUCCGCAAAAUCUUGAAUAUAAACAACAAUGGCCUUCCGAGGCCGCAAUUAUCGCACAUUUCGAGAAAAGAGCCUUAGGCUUACAUUAGCACCAAACCGAGGCUGGAAGCGUUAAAGAAACGAACGAACCCUGAAAAGCUGAAUUAGCCAUGUCUGUCGAUGCAGUGUUGGACACUUACUGGCAAACAGCCAGAGGUACCAUCAGAGAAAGAUGUGAGGCCGUUUUCAAUCAAGAACUGCUUAGCGAUGUGAAGUUCGUGGUUCGUGACUCCAGAGGCGGAAGUAAGACGAUUCCCGCUCACAAGUUCAUGUUAGCGAUCAGUAGUCCAGUGUUUUUUGCUAUGUUUUAUGGCAAAGCAGCAGAGAUUAAAGAUUCGGUGGAGAUUUCUGAUUGUGAGUAUGAAAGCCUGUUGGAGUUGUUUCGCUUUAUAUACAGCGACAAGGCGAACCUGAACGCUGAUAAUGUCAUGCAGUUGCUUUAUUUGUCAAAGAAAUAUAUGCUGCCUACUUUGGCUGAGAAGUGCUCUGCUUUCCUUACAGAGAACUUAAACGCGUUAAACGUGUUUCACAUUUUGCCGGAUGCGCAGAAAUACGAAGAGAAAGAUUUGAUGAAUCACUGCUGGAAACUGAUUGAGACACAGACAGGAGAAGCUGUAAAAUCAGAGGGUUUCGUGACAGUCGAGAGGUCAGUACUAGAGGAAUUAGUGGAGAAAAAUUCAUUGAAUAUUAAAGAAGUGGAAUUAUUCAAAGCUGUUGAUUGCUGGGCAGAAAAUGAAUGUAAAAAGCAAGGUCUCGUAGCCGAAGGCUCCGUGAAAAGAAGAGUCCUUGGGGAACGCGUUGUUCAAGGAAUUCGUUUUCCUGUGAUGGAGCAAACAGAAUUUGCUGAUAUCGUCCUCGAUUCUGAAAUACUUACACCCAAAGAGACGAACCGUCUGGUAAAGUAUUAUAACUCUGUGCUACAUGAUUCAGUAGGAUUUCUCGAAACCGAGAGAAGACAGAGAACUGAGGGAAAGCAAGUUAUUUCUAGGUUUCGAUCACUAGAGAGAUGGUGGUAUUAUAGCAGUCAAUUUGCUUUGAACUCAAACUGUAUAUGUUUUGAUGUUGACAAAAACAUACAUCUACACGCAAUCCACUUUUUUGGAAGCGAUAACAGUCAAUAUUCAGUCACACUAGAAGUGUCCGAUCAUAGCAGUGGCAUUUCUGUUAGCAGACAAGAAAGAGAUUUUUUAUCCAAGCAGAUACAGUGUGAAAUUGGAGAUUACCAAGGCUUUGAUAUUGUACUUGAACCGCCGAUUGCUAUAAAAGCAAACAAACGAUACCGAAUUUCGGCGUCCAUUACUGGUACCCCAUCUUGGUAUGGAACAAAUGGCUGCUCUACUGUAGAAAAGUCUGGAGUGACAUUUCACUUUUUCUCGGUUUCAACUCCCACCAGUAAAGAAAAGGGACAAUUUCCUAAAUUUGUGUUUACUCUGGACUGA